AUGAAACCAGUUGAUGACGAUUUUCAUUGGAUUGGGAAGAUUGGCCAGGGUGGUGUUGGAACUUUUACCAGCCGUAAUCAGUAUAAUAGAAUAUUAAAGGCGUAUGUCCGUCGUACGUGCUUUAGGCUGAAUGGACAACAAAAGGCUAACAAAAAGGCACCAGUAUUUCAUGUACCAAAUUCCAAACUCUAA